AUGGCAACUAAUGACAUUAAUUUGAGUUCAAUCAGUAAUGACGACUUGUCUACAAAACUAAAAGAUUAUCAAGCAGUUUCCAAGAUUCAUCAAGCGUUGACACCUGAUAUCACAGCAUUGGAGUCAGAAAUUCGGAAAUUAAAGAAUGCCUUGACAAACACAGAAAAAGCUAAAAAGGCAGACUUGGCACAGUGUAAAAUGCGCUACGAGCAUAGAAUUACGGCGAUCAAUGAUGAAAUACAGGCAAUUCAGAACCAAUUAUCACGAUACAAGCGCGAACGAGAUACUUACAAGCACAUGUUGGAAGGCGCGCAAAAAACUAUAGGCGAGCUAAAAUCACCGAGACAAGGUAGACUUUCUAAUGCAUCUUCGGGAAGAUCUGACGAGGAUGAAGAAUCAUCGAAAUCUAACAUCUUAAUACUAGAAAAACAAAUCAGUUGUAUGGAAGAUGAACUUUCUGAGACAAAACUAGAAGUUUCCAGACUAAAGGCUGAAUUAGUUUCGGAAAAAUCAGAUAGUCACGUUAAAGUUUCUGAAUUGCAAUCCCGAAUUAACGAGUUGGAAGAGGAACGGUUGCUCACUAGUGGACGCUCGAAGAUUCCAGGAUUAAAAGUGCGUAUGGAGUUGGCUUGGCAAAAAGAGAGAGAAGAACAUCAAAGGUUAUUGCAAGAAACGGCAACGUUAGCGCGAGAUCUGCGACAGACGCUAUUCGAGAUAGAAAGAGAACGCAGCAAAGAGCGGCUUGAAAACAAAAGGAGACAAGAUCAAUUAAAGAAAGUAUUUGACGAAGAAAAGGAUGAAAAUAAAAAAAAAUUAUCGGAGUUGCAAUGUGAUCUACUUGAGCUGCGGGACGCGCAUGCGAAGUUAAGAACGAGCAACGAGAAAAUGAGACGUGAAAAAGAGCGACACGAAAAGGAGAGGCAAGAACUCAAAGAAGUUAUAUUAAAUAAAUGCAAAUUAGAGCAAACUGAAUUGCGGAACAUUAAUAUUCUUAUGCAACAAGUACAAGAUUUGUUACAGCUGUUUCCUGAAUUAAAUACCGUAACGGAGAACGGAAAAUCCGAUGUAUACACGCCAACACCACCGAGACGAUUAAAGGGACCAAAAUCCAGGGAGUCGUCGCCAAUGUUAGAAACAAAAAGCGAUGUCAAAGCUGUAACUUCAAUACUUGGUGAGAGAACAGAAAAAUUAGAAUAUACAAUUAAAAAAUUAAUGGACGUGGCGAAAGAACUUAAGGAAUCAAAGAAAACGACAGAUGAAACAAAUGCAAUACGAUUGAAGAAAUUAAGAAAGAGAGCGACGUCAGUAGAAAGUGAUCCAGGAAAAGGAGUAGUGUUAAAUUGUGGUAAACCACAUUUGAAAAAAAAGAGUCUUUCUUUGGAGCAAACAUCUGAGCAUCAGGAGUCUACGAGUAUUUGGGGCACAGAUAGCAACUUGUCGAGCAUGCAAUCAUUGGAGGGAUCAGAAAUCGAAUCUCGCGGAACUAGUCGACAUAGAGAUUCCAGUGUAGACAGUCGUCUUUCUGGAGGAUCGACAAAGAGUGAAAUGUUAGAUCGGGACAAGAAAUAUGGCAAGAGUAUAAUACGAAAAUUAACACACAAGUUAACUAAAUCGUCUAGCAUUGAUGACCCAAACAUGACUGACUAUUCGCUUCAGACAUCUGGUUCUGAAACUAGCAUCAAUGAAACCCUUAAGUUGGAAAAGAAGAAUUUAAAGAAGAAAUUAACAGCAAUGUUUAAAAGAGGUUCAAGAAGCAACAGCAUAGAGAAAAAGACUGGAACCAGCAAUUCCACAAGACCAGCUUCAAGGAACUCCAUGACAUCGAAUUAAUAAUCUACAUGUGUGAUCUUGCUAAGAGACUUGAUAUUUCGACUAGUC